UUUGUUGUAGUCAAAUGCACCACGCAGACCUUUUCUUCUUCUUACCACAACUCCAUAUUCAAACGUUCAGAUCCAUAUAUACCCACCUCAAAUGCUAUCAAUAGAGACCAAAUUAACACAGUUCAAAAAGCAAAUUCCUAAUGAGGAUUCCUUUGCUCAUCGCCCUUCUUUUUGUUCUAACUGUUCCAUUUCCAGCUUCAGCUCAUUUCUUCCCAAAUAUUUCUUCAAUCCCUCCUUCUUUAUUGAAACCUAAUGCUACUGCUUGGGAUGCUUUUCAGAAGUUAUUAGGAUGUCACUCCGGUCAGACAGUCGAUGGAUUAGCUAAAAUUAAAAAAUAUUUUCACUAUUUUGGAUACAUUAAUUCUUCCACUAACUUCACAGAUGACUUUGAUGAUAUUCUUGAAUCUGCUCUCAAGACUUACCAGCUAAACUUCAACCUCAACACCACCGGUGUACUCGACGCGCCGACAAUUCAGCAUCUCAUAAAACCCAGAUGCGGAAACGCCGAUAUAGUUAACGGUACUAGUACUAUGAACUCCGGCAAGCCGCCGGCGGGUUCUCCGACGACGAUGCACACGGUAGCUCACUACUCCUUCUUUCCAGGAAGACCACGGUGGCCGGCGAAUAAGAGAGAUCUGACAUACGCUUUUGUACCGCAAAACGGACUGACGAAUACCAUCAAGAGCGUAUUCUCACGCGCAUUUGAUCGGUGGUCGGAGGUAACCCCAAUGACCUUUACUGAAACCGCGUCGUUCCAAUCGGCUGAUAUUAAGAUCGGGUUUUUCAACGGAGACCACAACGACGGUGAGCCGUUUGAUGGUCCGAUGGGGACAUUAGCACACGCGUUUUCACCGCCGGCGGGUCAUUUUCACUUAGACGGAGAUGAGAAUUGGGUGAUCGAUGGUGUGCCGAUUGAUGAUGGGAAUUUCUUUUCUAUAUUAUCGGCAGUGGAUCUUGAAUCAGUUGCGGUUCAUGAAAUCGGGCAUUUAUUGGGUUUGGGUCAUUCAUCUGUAGAAGAUGCUAUUAUGUACCCGACUUUAGGAGCGGGUACCCGAAGAGUAGAGCUUAGAAGUGAUGAUAUUUUGGGAGUCCAGCAGUUAUACGGGUCUAACCCGAAUUAUACUGGGCCGAACCCAGUUUUGACUCCGAGCCAAGAGAAUGACACAAAUAGAGCCCCGAAAUUUAAUUUAUCGUGGGUUCUAUUGGUCGUUGGAUGGUUCUUAGCGUUUGUUCAUUGUUCAUUUUAGAAUAUCAAAACUUGAUUUAUCUUUUUAUUUAAUGUUAAUUCCAUUGUGAUUGUAAAAUUUUAUACUCUGUAUAGAUGUUUAUAUGAUUGUCUUAUUGAAAUAUAAUUUGACAUUAUUUUUUAGAUAAUUUAA